AUGGAUAACAGCGUCGCUCUGCCAGACAUCUCGCUCCACGACUCUUCCGGAGCCGAGAAAACGACCUCCCGACUGAGCUCGCUCAGAACCAUCGGCGCCUACCCCAUGUCCGUGGUUUUCCGUGUGCUGCGCAUGCUCCGCACCGGGCUGUUCACGGUGUUCGCUUUCAGCGGUGGCCGCUGCGCUGACGUCGAAGAGCGCCGAAACGAUCCUCUACCGGCGUCUAACGGCAGGCCAGACACCAUGGCGGUGCCGAAUGUGGAGCUUUACCCAAUAUCUGGUAUGACAUGCACCAGUCACCCGGCAACGACAUCGCGUCCCGGAUUGGCGACGAAGGCAGUCGCUUCACGAGCCCAGACACUGCCUCGAGCAGCAGGACGCGGUUUGCGAGAAGGAUCCUUCCGCGGCAACAGCGACGAAAAGGGGACGCCGACACUCAAGGGUGUUGACUCGCGGCUUGCCCAGGUGAUCCUCAACGAGAUCGUGUACGGUGGGCCCGAGGUGCUGUUCAGUGACAUUGCCGGCCAAGAACUGGCCAAGCAGGCGCUCACCGAGACGGUUCUACUGCCCGUAGAACAACCGCAGCUGUUCACAGGAUUGCGGGCCCCGCCGAAAGGUGUGCUGCUUUUUGGGCCGCCCGGCAGUGGAAAGGCGAUGCUGGCCAAAGCAGUGGCCCACGCGUCGCGCUCCACAUUGCUGCACGUCCGCGCACCUUCAUUGAUUUCAAAAGGUGUUGCUGAAGGCGAACAACUAGUGCACGUCCUUUUUUCAGUUGCAAGAGACGUGCAACCGAGCAUCAUCUUCGUCGAUGAGGUUCACUGCCUGCUCAGCGAAAAGAAAAACAGCGAGCAUGAGGCAGUGUGGAGGAUGAGGAAAAUGUUUUUCGCUGAGUUUGAUGGGCUCGACCCUGAAGGUGACGAGCGAAUUUUCGUUAUAGUUGCCACCGAUCGACCGCAAGCUCUAGACGAUACCGCACUCAGGCGAUUCACGAAGCGGUUGUAUGUGAAGCUGCCAGACGAGCACGCACGGCUGGUGCUUAUACAACAGCUUCUGAAGAACCAGAACAGCCGACUGUCCAUUGAGAAACUGAAGUACCUGGCAAAAGUGACAAGUGGCUACUCGGUGGGCGAUCUGGCAGCUUUAGCCAAAGACGCAGCUCUGGGCUCCAUAAGAGAGCUCACUCGUGAGCAACAACGAAGGAUUGAGCCGGCAAAAAUGCGUCCAAUCAACCUCGAAGAUUUUAUGCAGCCAAUGGAGAAGAUACACUGCAGCGUGUCACCAGAUAGCCUAGAUUUGUACGAAAAGUGGAACCAAGAGUUUGGCGAUAUCACCAUUUGA